GAUGGAAUAUCGUUGAGAUUCUUAGUCAGCCCGAUAAGGGGCCACUUGAUCUUUGUGCUCGACAAAAUGCAAUGGUUUGGGACGACCUAAUAACUAUUGAGAUUCCUGGUGAUUCUGAUCAAAAUGAAGGUGAGAACAAUCAAGGAGUCGAUAUCGCUGGUAGAGGUCGGGGCGCAUCUAAAAGGAAUAAUUCAUCGGUGGAAGGUGGUAAUCAGGAUUCCAACCAGGCCACAUCCAGGAGGAGCUUGUCUGAAGAUAGUUCUUCCGCAAGAAGAUCGUCUUUGUCUACCAGUGCUCCAGCCACAUCGUCCUAUUCUAUUUCUAAUUCAAGUAAACAAAAGUGGAGCGAAAGAUUAAAUCGUGUUAAGGAAAAAUUUAACCUUGAUAAUGUUGGGAAAAAGGAUAAAAAUAAUAUGGAGGGAAAAAGGACCAAACAAGUUAUCGUCGAGAGGUUGGAAAUUUUGAAUGGUAGUACUCCAUUUUUCACUUGGUGCUGA